AUGACACGAGGCGUUAGCGGCGAACGAGAGCGGACGGGGCAUGGGCAGAGUCACAGAGUGGUUCCCGCCAAAACGCGCAGGCUGUGGCGCGAAGGCCCGCCAUUGGUGCGACGGUGGCGCGGUGCGGCGGCACGGCGAGGCGCAAGGCCGCCGGUUUUCCCGCGAACAAUGCCAAAUGGUGCAUUUGUCAAGGUGAGUUCGUUCACCGCCGACGCCGGCGCCGCACCGCGCUCAGACAAUCGCUCACUCGCUUCGCGCCAAACGAAGGUCGACGGAAGGCAGACCCGCUCUGAAGACACUCAUUAUCAUACACUCUUAUUACAG